ACAAGUACAAAAUUAACUUGGUGUAUUGAAUUAGAUUAUAAUGAAGAAGAUGCUUGUAAUAGUGCUAAAAGUAAAAAUAUUUGUAUUAAUACUAAAGAUAAAAGUACUUGUAAUAAUGCUGAGGAUGAAGGCACUUAUGAUAAUGCUAAAGACAAAGAUACUUGUGAUAAUAUUAAAGAUAAAGAUAUUUAUAAUAUUGCUAAAGAUAGAUUUUUUUUUGUUAAAUAUUUAUAUACAAAUAAUGAAUAUGUAGAUAGUUUAGUUGGUAAUACUAUUGCUUUACUCUAA